AUGGAGAACCUCAACAGAACAGUGACUGAAUUCAUCCUGCUGGGCUUUUCCAUUGGACAUAGAGAAGAGAUCCUUCUCGCUGUAGUCAUUCUGUUACUGUAUAUCACAUCUGUGGCUGGCAAUAUGCUUAUCCUUUGCAUUGUGUUGGUAGACAGUCAGCUACACACUGCUAUGUACUUUUUCCUAUGCAACUUCUCCAAUUUAGACAUCCUGUUCACCACAGUUGUCAGUCCACAACUGCUAUGGAAUCUCUUUUCUGGUGACAAGUCCAUCUCCUUCCCAGCCUGCAUGACCCAAAUCUACUUCUACUUCUUAUUGGGCACAGUGGAGUUUUUCCUUUUGACGUCUAUGUCCUAUGACCGCUAUGCAGCCAUAUGUAAACCUCUGCAUUAUCAUACCAUCAUGAAUGGUCAGGUGUGUGUCAGGAUAGUGUUGGCUUGUUGGCUGUUUGGGUUCCUUUCUAUCCUCUGUCCAAUCAUCAAAAUUAACAGAUUAACCUUCUGUAAAUCCAAUCACAUCAACCAUUUCUUCUGUGACACUGGACCCUUACUGGAGCUUUCAUGCACUGACACCCAUUUUAUAGAGCUGAUGGACUUCAUUCUGUCUUCUCUGGUCAUUGUUGGCUCAACCAUCCUGACUCUGAUUUCUUAUUCAUGCAUUAUCUCAACAAUCCUGCACAUCCCCACCACCACCGGCAGGACAAAAGCCUUCAACACCUGUGCCACUCAUCUCACCUUGAUAUCACUCUCCUGUGGGAUCUCCAUCUUCAUCUACAUAAUUCCAUCUCAGAAAGAGACACUGCACACCCACAAGGUGCCCGCUGUUCUGACAACCAUUGUUUUCCCGCUUCUAAACCCAUUCAUCUUUACCCUGAAGAAUGAUAAUGUCAAAGAGGCCUUUAGAAAGAUAAUUCACCAGACGUGGGACAAGUUUAUUCAAAGCAUCAGGGCUACCUGGAAAGAAAAUGCAUUCGUUUGGGAAAAACCUUAG